AUGGCAUCUGGGUCAUCGAAGAGCUCGUCGCGUAGCACUGCAGGCUCGCAGUGGACUGCGAAACAAAACAAGACGUUCGAGAGGGCGCUCGCUGUCUACGACAAGGACACACCCGACGUGGCUCGAGCCGUCGGAGGGAAGACGCCCGAGGAGGUGAAGCAGCAUUACGAAAAACUCGUUAGGGACGUCCAGCAGAUCGAGUCUGGCCGCGUGCCGUUCCCUGCGUACACUAGCUACUCAUACAGUCGCGAAGGAAACACUGCUGCCAAUGAAGAGGAGAGUGGGAGACAGACGAGUGAACAGAUGCAGCAGCAGGACAAGGCCAACGAACCUUUCUCUGUAAAAGAUGUAAGACAGCUUGAUUAUGCUAAUAUGCUUUAG